AAAUUGGAUGUUCUUUGUCUACUCCAAGUGAAAGCCUCCUUCUACUUUCCUCUCUUGGGACAAAGUUGUUGAAUUUGGAGGUUUGAAGCAGCUGACUGGUUCACCACUUUAACUUCGUGAUGGAUCGUAUCAGCAGUCUACCGGACGAGCUUCUUUGUCACGUCUUGUCUUUCCUUCCCACAAAGAACGCUGCUUUGACUUCGGUUCUCUCAAAGAGUUGGCUCAAUCUCUGGAAACUUGUUCCUAAUAAUAUUCACAUUGAUGACUCUCUCUUUCUUCAUCCUCAAGAUGGCAAAGGUGAAAGGGAAGAGAUGCAACGUAGCUUCGUUGAUUUUGUGGAUAGAGUAUUGGCUAUGCAGGGUGACUCUCCUAUCAACAACUUCUCACUAAAGUGUAUCUCUGGUCGUGUCCAUCCAGAUACUGUGAACCGUUGGAUAUGUAACGUGCUGGAGCGUGGUGUCUCUGACCUUAAUCUUUUCACUGAUUUCUCCUACGAGGAUACGGAAGAAGAUGGUUAUCGUCUGCCUAGAGAGCUGUUCUUCAGUAGCACUCUCGUGAAGCUAAAACUAAGAAGCGAACACUGCGUUGAUUGGUGGUGGCGUAGAUGGUUUAUAUGUUCUUCUUUUUUCUCCUUACCAAUGCUUAAGAGUUUUGAUAUCGACUCGGAGUUGGUCUUGUGUGGUGAGAUUGAGGAUUUUAUUCCUUCUUUCCCUGUGCUUGAGGAGCUACGGAUGGCUACUGUGGAGGGAACCAUAUGUGAUAGUGUCAAGUGCAAUCCUCAGAAAGCUAAUCCUCAGUGUUGUGAUUCAAUGCCAGUGUUCAACAACCUCAAGUUUUUAAGUGUUACGAGUGAAGAGGGUAGAGGAUGGCAAGCAAUGCCAGCUCUUCUAAGGAACUGUCCACAUUUGGAAACUAUAAUCAUACAGGGUCUAUUACACUAUGUAACAGAUGAAUGCGGGGAUGCUUGUCCCUUCAUUUCCCGGGAAGACAGAGGUCGUUCACUCAGGUCUUGUCCAGUGAAGAGGUUAGAGAUUCAAGGGUUUCGAGGAACAAUGAAAGAGAUGAACAUGAUUAAGCAUUUCUUGGACUAUUUUCCCUGUUUGAAGAGGCUGGACGUCUUUGUUGAAGAUAAUGAUCCUACACAGCUCAGAAACGAUCAAGUGUCUGAACUGGUCAUAGAGAUGUUUGAACUCUACAGCAAGUUGUGGCCGAGUUUCAAUGUCAAGCUCCUGGUGAGUGAUUUUCUGGAUGAGAAAUGGACUGCACAAGGACAUAUCUGAAGAAGAAAACUUGGCCAUCUCAAACCAAAACCUUGAUAUGUUUUUUACCUUUUGUCCGAGUUUCUUCUUUGGUCUUGUCAUCUUUUGUCUUGUGAUAUAUGUUUAAAUGUGAUUUCUUAACAUGAAUCUUAAUCAGACAACUUGGCUUGAAAGCCAUCUCCAACCAAAACCAAUCGGUAAAUAUUAAUUUUUUAAAAUCUUUUGCGAGA